CCACCUGAAUCUCAUCCCAUUGCAUUCUUCUUCCUCAUUCUCACAACUCUAGAGCAAUUUCAGUACAUUAAUCAACUAUGUUGGCUGCUAAAAACUGUUUUUCCGACACCCGCAAAGACAAGUCUAGUUUCGCGAAGACUUGUAAUCGAUUGAGUUCGUUUCUGAAAGAGAAAGGAAGUUUAAGCGAUUUCGGAAUCAAUACAACUUUUGACGUCAAAGGGAAACCGGAAACGAGCAAGACGACUGUUGAUUUGUUAAGUAACAUAGACAGUCCGGUCAACACGUCGAACAAAUCUAUUAAUCAUCUUCCUCAAUACGUUACCGUUGAUUCAUUCUGUAAACCGGAUGAUUCAACAAACAAAGAUGUUUCUGAUGAAGUGAUGACUAUUUUAUACAGAGGACAAAUAUUGGUGUUUGAUUGUAUUUCUGCAGAUAAAGCCAGAAAUAUGAUGUUAGCAGCUACUGCUACUGCUUCUUCUUCUUUUGAAGAAGAUUUUGGAUCGCGAUACGGGCUUCUUCCAGAACUACAAAUGAACGGAUCGGAUUUGCCAAUAGCGAGACGCUUGUCGCUUCACAAGUUCUUAUCGAAGAGGAAAGACAGAGCGACCGAAAGAGCUCCUUACCAGUUACCGAAUGCAGCUCCGCGUUUGAAUCAUAUGUUUGAUCUGAAUCUGUAGUUAUAUAUAGAUCAGUAGAAAUCUGUUUGUAGUUCUAGUAUGUAAAUCUAUGGAUUAUCAAGCUCAUUCAGUUUUUCUGUU